GAGGAGGGUGUGGGACCCGGAUGUUGCUGCGAGGAACCAGAACGGAGAAAAUAACGCUUUACAACGCAAAUAAACCGUCAAGACACACAAAACAUCAGCGAUCAGUGCGCAACGUAUCAGUCACCAUCAAAAACCUAAAACCCCUUCCUCAAAAGUGCCCGGCGGAUGCGAGCCUGCGCUGGACCGGACGCGGCGGAGACGAUGAGGAUGAGGAUGCUGCGGUCCGUGCGGCAGGAUGGAGCUCAACAUCAGCAGCAGAGAUGAAACAGAUCCGCUGCAGUGAUGCGAGAGGAUGCAGAGCGACCUGGAUCUCCUUACAGUCACAUACGCGAUCGGACUGGUCUUUUGGGUUGUCUUGCUGAAUGUUAAACGGGAAUAGAUUGACCUGUUUGUUUGUUUAUUAUUCAGUUGUAAGAUUCUGCCUCCUUUACCUGGGAUUUAGGCCUAGCACAAGUGUACUGAAGGCUUGUGUUCACUUAUAUUUCACAAACACAGUUAGGAGGAGUUUCUAAAUGGUGUUUUUGUCAUGAGGUGAUGUCCAGCUGGUAGAUACAUCUAGAAGCAGGAGCGUACUAACAGGACCUGGCUUUCUGUAAUGACAUGUACUGGGAACGAAAAGUCUGAUCGAUUGAGAAGGGUGACUUUGAUUGGCAAAGCUAUGAAUUAGACUGAAAGAGUUCAGGGCCCAUAUGACAGAUUUUAGGGAACAACGAGCUCAGCAUGGAUUUAUUCCCGGGUUGUUGCAGACCCUUGGGAGACUAUUUUAGAAAAACUCAACUCAGAAACGGUACGCUGUGAAAAUAUUGCAUGCAGUAGCAAGUUUAACAGGCCGCCACUAUGUCUAAGGAACUGUCAGUGACCCAGGCAGCUCAGUAUGUGGGGCCUUAUCGACUAGAGAAGACUCUCGGGAAAGGCCAGACCGGUCUGGUGAAGGUCGGGAUUCACUGCAUCACUGGUCAAAAAGUCGCCAUCAAAAUAGUCAACAGAGAAAAACUCUCAGAAUCUGUUUUGAUGAAGGUGGAGAGAGAAAUUGCUAUUUUAAAACUGAUUGAACAUCCACACGUGUUGAAACUCCAUGAUGUUUAUGAGAAUAACAAAUACCUAUAUUUGGUUCUGGAGCAUGUUUCAGGAGGAGAGCUGUUUGACUAUUUGGUGAAGAAAGGCAGACUGACGCCUAAAGAGGCACGAAAAUUCUUCAGACAAAUCAUAUCUGCCUUGGACUUCUGUCAUAGUCACUCUAUAUGUCAUAGAGACCUGAAGCCAGAAAACCUCCUGCUGGAUGAGAGGAACAAUAUCAGGAUUGCAGACUUUGGCAUGGCCUCACUACAGGUGGGAGACAGUAUGCUAGAGACAAGCUGUGGAUCUCCUCAUUAUGCAUGUCCAGAGGUUAUCAGGGGUGAGAAAUAUGAUGGUCGACGGGCUGAUGUAUGGAGCUGUGGAGUCAUACUCUUCGCACUGCUAGUGGGCGCGCUGCCCUUUGACCAUGAUAACCUGCGGCAGCUGCUGGAGAAGGUGAAGAGUGGAGUGUUCCACAUGCCCCAUUUCAUCCCAGCCGACUGCCAGGCUCUGCUGCGGGGCAUGAUCGAGGUCAACCCUGAACAAAGACUCACGCUAGAGGCCAUCCAGAAACAUGCCUGGUAUCAAGCUGGACGCAAUGAGCUGUGUCUGGAGCUGCCGCCCCCGAGGCGCGUGAGCAUGGGACGGGUCAUGUCUCUGACAGAGCUGGACCCAGAUGUGCUGGACAGCAUGUAUUCUCUGGGCUGUUUCAGGGACCGGGUUAAACUGGCCCAAGACCUGCAGUGUGAAGAAGAUAACCAAGAGAAGAUGAUCUACUAUCUCCUGUUAGACCGUAAAGAGCGCUAUCCUAGCCAUGAGGAUGAGGAUCUUCCUCCCAGAAAUGACAUUGACCCUCCACGGAAGCGUGUAGACUCACCCAUGUUGACCCGUCACGGCCGCUGCCGGCCAGAGAGGAAGAGUCUGGAGGUGCUGAGUGUGACGGAGCAGGGCUCUCCCACACCCCCACGCAGAGCGCUGGACACCUCCGCGCACAGCCAAAGAUCUCGAUCUGUAAGUGGAGCAUCAACGGGCCUCUCGUCUAGUCCUCUAAGUAGUCCCAGGAGCCCUGUCUUUACCUUCAGCGAGCCGGAGGUAGUUGCCGCCACCAAAGCAGGAAGCGGCAGCACCUCUGUUCGUCCCAACCGAUCGCAUGAACCCAAAACGCAGACGCUUCCAUCUAAAAACGCACCUGAACGCCCCCAAAUCCAGUCCAUGAAGUCCCUCCCCCUGCCCUCCUCCUCCUCCCGCUCUCCCUCCCCUUCUCCCCUCCUGUCGUCCAUUCCCCGUUUCCUCUUCUUUUCUUCUCCAUCUGCGGUGCUGAAGUCGGUGACUAAAAGCCUGUAUCCCAUGUCUCAGGUCACCCCUCAGGGCUCUCCCCUGCCUACCCCGCUGGGUACCCCCGUGCAUCACCCCCACCACCCCCCCGCUACCCCACCCUCCUCCUCCUCUUCCUCUUCUUCCUCCCGAGCCGAGGGAGGAAGUGUGGGCGUGGGCUCACUCUCCUUGACCCCGCCCUCUAGUCCAGGGGGAGGCGGCAGCAUGGCUGCAAGUAGCUCCGCCCACUGGAGGACACGCCUCAACUCGUUGAAGAACAACCUGUUGGGGUCGCCGCGGUUCCACCGCCGCAAGAUGCAGGUGCCAACCUCAGAAGACAUGUCCAGUUUAACACCAGAAUCAAGCCCAGAGCUGGCUAAAAGGUCCUGGUUUGGGAAUUUCAUCAGUCUGGAGAAAGAAGAGCAGAUUUUUUUGGUCAUCAGAGACAAACCUCUUAGUUCCAUUAAAGCGGAUAUCGUCCAUGCCUUCCUCUCUAUUCCCUCCCUCAGUCACAGUGUAAUCUCUCAGACGAGUUUCCGCGCAGAGUAUAAGUCUUCUGGAGGUCCGUCUGUCUUCCAGAAACCCGUCAAAUUCCAGGUAGACAUUUCCUUUUCUGAGGGGGAAAGAGAGCGAGAGCGGGAGCGGGAGAGAGACAGGGAUGGACAGAAGGAUUACGGAAUCUACAGUGUAACUUUUAGCCUCAUAUCAGGUCCAAGUCGCAGAUUUAGACGAGUCGUUGAAACGAUUCAAGCCCAGUUGCUCAGUGCUCAUGAUCAGCCCAUGGUGCACACUCUUUCAGAUGAGAAGAACAGUCGCCCUCCUAGAACACCAACUAGACAGAACUCCCGGCGCUCAGAAGGUGGAGCCGACCGCUGCGAGUGGGUGGAGCGUGGAGAGGGCGGGGUUUUACUCCAGCGCAGGGGGUCGGGAAGAGAAAGAACCCGCCUACUUUCCUCCAGUGGAACACAGUCACAGCCCUGAGCUAGAAAUAUUGUGAAUAAUCAGCAAUCCAUCAAGAUAUGAGCCAUGAUAUGAGACUAAACUACUCAAACGUUCCUUCUCCCCUCGUCACCUCAGAACAGCAUGAUGGUAAAAUGUGUUUUUAAAGGAGCUUUUUGAAAGUCUAAUGAAACCAAAUACUGAUACACAUUGUGCAAGAACAUGGGAUGCAACGAAGCAAGAACCGUCUCCAUUGUACUUUAAUACAACAUAAACUUCUGGGAUCCGAGGAACACCUCCAAACUUUCUUCUGAAACUUAUUUAAUUUGUCAUCCUGGACAAUGCUUUGAUUUAUGCUGUAUUUUCUCAUGUGAUUUGGAUGUAAUGUGCAAAACUUGAGUUUAUAAUGACAUUCAUGAAACGAAAGGUUUCAGUUGGGGGUAGCAUACCAUCUGUUCCUUACAGGCCUGGUCUCCGUUUCAGCAAUCGAGUAAUUAUAGCAACAGAGACGUCCAAUUUAAUCUGAAUUUUUAUCCUCCAAAUCAUGUUUUAAAGAAAAUACGUAGAGAUCCAGAUCCAGAAGCUAUUAGCACCAAGAGUCUGCUCAGACGUAUGCAAUAAAAAUCAAUAAGCUACAAAAGAUUCAGUUUAACAAAGCUGCACAUGCUGAAUCUUUUAAAACAUGAUUACCUCCUUGAGCGGACAGACUCAUGAUGAUUUUAUGACCGUAAAUAAAUUGCUCACCAGCCCUGCAUCAUUAUCUAUAGACAACUUCAUUUUCACUCUCCAUAGAAAUGCUGCAUGCUAAAUAACGUCGAGCUUCAACCCCAAUAACUGAUUGUGAUUGUAAAACAUUUCUGCGUGCGUUUACACAUCUAAAUCUGUCCUCGAUUCACCCUUUUGGCAGCUCAAAUGGACGAGAGCGUCUGACUAACGAAGGAUUCCCAUGACUGUUGUCUCCAACAAGAGUUCAAAUACAAAGUUUCCCUUUUAGGCCAUGUCCACACGUACACAGGCAUUUUUAUA